CUGGCGUUUUGACAGUUUCAGCUUUCUGCUUUCUCUUGUUUUGAGAUCAUAACCUUCAAAUUCCUCAAUCAUUAUGUAAACUGUGUACUAAAUUGUCACAUUUAAUUUAAAUUUAACACCUUACUCUGAUGAAUUCAUUAAAAAUACUGUAAAUCAAUAGGUUAGUUAGUUUUGAAACAGACGUUAUGUGUAACAACAGUCUAUCUACCUGCAGGUUAGCAUUGAGUAGAUUGAAUUUCUAUUGCAGAACUCUACAACUACAUACAACAAAACAGACUCUAUCUGACCAUUAUAAAACACUAAAUCUAAAGAGGGACUGCACAUCCAAAGAAAUACGUGAUGCUUAUCUCAAACUCAGUAAAGAGUAUCACCCAGACCUGCACAAAGGAGAUACGACAAAAGACAAAAAAUUCUCGGACAUAAAUGCAGCUUACAGUGUGUUGAGCAAAACGCACACACGCAGAGAAUACGACACAGCGACCAUGUGGAAGGAGAGAGAUGUCAAAUAUUAUCGGACAGAAGAUGAGAAAGAGAAGGAGAAAAUGUGGAAAAAGACGUGGGGAAAUCCAGUGUUCUACCAUAACCGUACAGAUUUAAACUAUAAUUCCAAAGACGACGAAUACUAUGGAAUAAAAGGUGUUAGAAGAAUACCAAAUUCAAAGCUAGUCUUGUAUCUCCUAAGUUUUUCGUUUGCAGUUGGACUAUUGCAGAUUUUUUUGAUCAAAAUCUCCAUAAAAUUCAAACACAACAAAGAAAUGGCACAAUCUGCUGAAAUUGAGAAGGAGAUGAAAUACAGGAGGGAUAUGGCCGAAUCGUUAACCGAUGAAGAAUACGUUGAACAGCUAACAGCCAAGAUGCAGGCAGAUCAGGUCAAAUAUGGCAGGAAAAUGAACUAAAUUGCAUGACAAUGUCCCGUAUUAUAGAUGUUUGUAAUAUCAAGAAAUAAAAAAUUCAAUUACCCUUCUCAAAAACUUUUAUUCACAACAUGUUUCAACAUAUUAAUGCCAUUUUCAAGUGAAUGAAACAUAAUUUGAUUGUAUGAUAUGAGAUAUUGUGGUAUUUGUAAUGGUAUUGACAACAUCAACGUCUAAG